UAUCGGCCUACUUUUGUAAUUUCUGUUUUAAAAAAAAAAAAAAAAAAAAAAAAAUCCGUAUGAUUCGAAAUUCGGUCGGGUAGGUACGUAUGGGUACCCAGUUAGGGUACCAGUCGCGGCCCACGGGGUUGGGUCGUGACAAAAGUGGUAUCAGAGCGGUUAGUCCUCGGUAUGUCUACAGGCCGUGUCUAGUAGAGUCUUGGUUAUCGAUGUGUUGUGCACCACAUCUAUAAACAGGAAGCUACAGGGCAUUUAGGAUGUUACCCUUCUUUGAAUUCUUAGAUCGUGCGUUAAAGCUGUAUGGUUAGGAUGAUUCUCCCUUACGAAUUGCUGUAUCUACAGCGGGGCUCCAAAGGAGCAGAAGUGUCGGUAUUCGGGAAAAUGUUUCUGACCCUCUCCUUGCAGGUAGUUGUAGGUUGGUGACGAAUGAAGAGGACGGCUUCCGACGAUGAGGAUGGGGGUGCCAAGAAGGCCCCCAGGUUGUCACCGGGGCCGAGUAGGCAGGGCCCCAGUUACUCGAUCGAGACGGAUCCUUCGGAGGAUUCCCCGGAGGAUAGCUACGAUACGGAUCCGUCGGAGGACCCAUCUACGACUCCUCCAGAGUCCCCGAACCCUGGAGCAGAGGAUCCCGUGGAGGAUGGCUACGAUACAGAUAUCUCGGAGGAUUUGGCGAUGACCCCUCCGGAGCUUCUUACCUCUGAGGAGGAGGAUAGUCAUGAGGCAGGCCCGUCGGAGCAUUCUUCUGGGAUGACGCAGGAGGAGAUUUUCAAGUAUGCACCAGCUCUUAUUAUUAGGGAGAACCUUGAUAGCCCGGCCACCUCGGAGAGUGCUAUGGAUUUCUCCUGUUCUUGGCCUGGGUCACCAGUGGGCCAGGAUUUGUUUGAUCGUCCAUACCCCUCCGAUUCAGAUGCGGGUGAUAAUGGAAACCGGGUAGGUAGGGAGCAGACAGGCGUGGAUGAUAGUGGGCAUACCUCUCACGGCAGCUCCCCAGGUACAGACGCGCCAGGUGACACGCCGCCAGCGUAGGUUCUGACUCUGCCAUUCGAAGAGCUCCUUUGACUCGGAGCAUAUCUUUUGGUAUAUAUUUUCUGUCUUCUGUGUACUCCGUAUGUAUGUAUAUUCUGGGUACGGCGGGGCCCUGUCCCGUCAUAUGAUUCUGUAUGUCUGUAGAGGCCUGUAGAUGGAUAUGUGGGUUACGGGUUUCGUCUGUAUGUUAGCCUUAUCGGCUUAUCUGUAAAUGUCUGUAUGUUCAGGUAUAUGUAUAUAUAUAUGUAAGUUACGCGCGUGCCGUAAUUGUAUCGGCCUACUUUUGUAAUUUCUGUUUUAAAAAAAAAAAAAAAAAAAAAAAAAAAUCCGUAUGAUUCGAAAUUCGGUCGGGUAGGUACGUAUGGGUACCCAGUUAGGGUACCAGUCGCGGCCCACGGGGUUGGGUCGUGACAUGCCCUUUUGGGCUGCUGUAGCCUUUUUCUUUUUAGGCAUCUCUGAAAUACACAACACACAAUUUAGGAACAAGAAUU